AUGACAGCCACCUCCCAGAGCCUUGCUGGACACCAGGCUGUGGGAUCGGGAGCCCUGUUGUGCAUGCUGUCCUUCGGUAAACCCAACUGCUUCACCAUGGGUAUAUUUCUGUCCAUCCUUGGCUGGAGACAUUGGAAGUCCCUACUUAACUGGACCGUGGUCAUCGGACUCCUGGAUGUCUUCACCCCAGCCUCCUCCCUGCGCAACUUCCACGACUUCUACCUGGUGAUGCCCUUCAUGCAGACCGACCUACAGAAAAUCAUGGGCAUGGAGUUCAGUGAGGAGAAGGUCCAGUACUUGGUGUAUCAGAUGCUCAAAGGUCUUAAGUACAUCCACUCCGCUGGUGUCGUCCACAGGGACCUGAAACCCGGCAACCUGGCUGUGAAUGAAGACUGUGAGCUGAAGAUCCUGGAUUUUGGACUGGCACGACAUGCGGAUGCUGAGAUGACGGGCUACGUGGUGACUCGCUGGUACCGGGCGCCCGAGGUGAUCCUGAGCUGGAUGCACUAUAACCAGACAGUGGACAUCUGGUCGGUGGGCUGCAUCAUGGCCGAGAUGCUGACAGGAAAAACUCUGUUUAAGGGGAAAGAUUACCUGGACCAGCUCACCCAGAUCCUGAAAGUGACCGGGGUGCCGGGCGCAGAGUUUGUACAGAAACUGAAGGACAAAGCGGCCAAAUCCUACAUCCAGUCCCUGCCCCAGACUCCCAAGAAGGAUUUCAGGCAGCUCUUCCCACGCGCCAGCCCCCAGGCUGUCGACCUGCUGGAGAAGAUACUGGAGCUGGACGUGGACAAGCGCCUGACAGCCUCGCAGGCUCUUGCCCACCCCUUCUUCGAACCCUUCCGGGACCCUGAGGAGGAGACCGAGGCCCAGCAACCAUUCGAUGAUUCCUUAGAACACGAGAAACUCACAGUGGACGAAUGGAAGCAGCACAUCUAUAAGGAGGUGGUGAAUUUCAGCCCCAUUGUCCGCAAGGACUCGCGCCGGCGGAGCGGCAUGAAGCUACAGUGACCCCAGCCUCUGGCCUCCCACUGGCCUGGGGCUGCACGCCAGCCUGGCACUGCCCCCCUCUUCUACCCUCCCUCCCGUUCACUGCAGCUCUUCCUCUAGAAGAAGUCCUUGGAUCACCAGUCUUGUGUCUGCCUGUGCUGUGGUGGGACUAUGAACAGCUGGGCUGAGCCAGGCCCAGAGUCUAUGGCUGUUUCCUAGGGCAGCCAUGAUACAUGACC